CAAAUAUCGAAGUCUAGUCUGCUUGUGCAUUUUGCAAAAGUUGAUUAACGUAACAACAACAGUUUGAUUGUUAAAAAAAAUAGCACAAAACUUUGUGUGUAGAUACUGUUUCGACUUCGUAAACCGAAAUAAAUUACAGCGAAUUUUAGAAUACAUAAUUUAAGUAAAAAUUGGUAUAUUUAGAAUAAUAAAACGUGGUACAGUGGUAGUGUGUCAAAGACAAGGUUCGAUUAGUCGUGUUCUUGUCUGCAGGUCUUAUUAUUCAGAGAUGGAGUUCAAAUUAUUUUUAGCUAGGCAUGGGGAAACUGAUCAUAACAAAGGGUCUGUGAUUCAAGGCCAACUUGACAUACCCUUGUCGAAAAAUGGGAUGAACCAAGCAAAAUUACUGGCCAAAUCAAUUCAUCAUCUUCAAUGGAAUGAAAUUUGGACAAGUGAUUUGAAAAGGAGCUGGCAGACUGCAAAUUUUCUUGUCAGUGAUGAAAUAAAUCAUCAGGAUGAUGGUGAUAAUGAUGCCUUGUUAAUGAGUAAACCUUUAUCUGCAAUCCAAUCUGACAUAAGGAUUAGAGAAAGGCAUUAUGGUAUUUGUCAAGGCCAAAGCACAGCAAAUCUUAAGAAGAUGGCAGGAGAAGCUGGAGUCAAAAUAAGCAACUUUGUCCCUCCAGAAGCUGAAAGUUCUGAGGAUGUGAGAAAACGAGCCAUUUCUUUUUUUAAGGAUUUGUGCGAUAGACAAAUCUUAUUGCGCAUGGAUGACAAGGAAUCGAAGAUUUUAGUAGUCGGACACGGUGGGUGGUUGAGCGAGUUCAUGACCUAUUUAGCCUCACAGACUGGAAGGUCUUCUUUCACACCAUCUGAACUCGAAGCUGUUGGUAGAAUUACUCCUAAUACUGCUGUGUCAAGUUUUGAAAUUCAACUACAAAGUGACGGUGGGGUCUCCCUUAUAAAGUGCUUAGCUUUGCACGACAAAUCGCAUUUAACGAGCCCUGUCUGCAGUGACGAACUUGCCGUAUAAAAAAAACUAAUAUAUAAUUAAAUCUUAUUCAAAGUAUUUGUAAGUGUGUCUGUAGUACAUGCUUGUUAAUGGAAAAGUACAUAAGUCUGUAAGCUUAACGGCAAUCGAGGUUUUGAGGUUUCCUAUUCCGGCACGCUUGUCUUGUGCGCGUGAUAACAAUUUUUCUUACAUUGCACCAGCUUAAAGUAACACAUUUUAAGGUCAUUAAUGACAGUAUAUUAAAGGCGACUAAAAAUGAUUAACAUUAGAGGAUUAAAAAUAGCAACUGCGAUUGUAUUUCUUGAUUAGAAAGACAAUUUUGAAUUUUUACAUGAAAAUUCCAGUCUUCCACCUAGUGGCAAUUGUUUCGACUACAUUUGUAUUCUUUUCAAACUUUUGUUGAAAGCCGCGUGACCGCAGUUUCUUCACUUCAUUUAUAUUAUCUGUUAUCUAUUGUUGGUUAAGGGAACUUCUCGUUACGUCAUUGAGUUAGGAAUUUGUCAUUGCACAACUCUUCCAAAGACGAAUUGUCAACCAUACCCGUAGUUAAAACUGUGACUCAUCUGGUGCCCACUCGUCACAAUUCUUUACACUGCCACUGCAAGCAGUAGGGGUUGUAUGAAUCAGCUCUCAUUCUCUAACAAGAUUUCAUCACCUGUUGCUUUUCUACUCUAGUCGUCAUGUCUAAAUCGAACGUGUCCAAACCACGAGUAUUAAUCUUGGGUGGUUGUGGAUUUAUAGGCAGACACCUUGUUUCAUUUCUUGUCAAUGAAGAAUUAGCAAGCCAUGUACGAGUUGUUGACAAAGUUCCCCCACCAAUGGCGUGGUUGAACCCGUCUCAGCUAAAGGCAUUUGACAACUCAAUUGUCGAGUUCAAGAGUGCCAACCUUUUAAACUCAGUUUCCAGAGAAAAUGCAUUCGCUACUGAUGAUAACAACAUGGUUGCCGAUUGGGACUUUGUUAUAAAUCUUGCAGCAGAAACCAAACAUAACCAAACACGUGCUGUUUAUGAGCAAGGGACAGUUCCUUUAAGUGUGGGGUGUGCCGAACUGGCAGCAAAACACAAAGUCAAACGAUAUGUGGAGCUGUCCGACAGUCAUCUCUACUCAGGAAAGAAGAAACCAGCCCAAGAAGGAGAUGCAGUUGAGCCUUAUACUUUAAUUGCUGAGUGUAAACUAGAAGUGGAAAAAGAAUUACAAAAAAUUGACCAACUGAAUUACGUCGUCCUACGACCAGCCAUCAUUUAUGGUAUAGGAGAUCGUGUUGGUCUCACUCCUUGGCUGAUUCUCGGGGCUAUCUAUCGUCACCUAGGAGAAACUUUGCAAUUACUAUGGCAUAACGAAGUUCAUAACAACACUGUUCAUGUAACUGAUGUCUGCCGGGCCAUUUGGCACGUUUGCAAUUCCAACCAAGUAUCAUCUGGUCAAGUUUUUCACGUAUCGGAUGAUGCCGAUACGACAUUAGGCGAUUUAGCUGAAAUCAUAGCUGAUUUGUUUGAAAUCAAGUACAAGUUUGUCGGGAAAAUGUUGUCUACUUUAGCCAAGCUUGAUUUGAAAACUACUGCAGAGGAUGCCAAUGACAAACACCUUCCUCCAUGGGCUGAGAUCUGUCAAUCUACUGGAAUCAGUAACACGCCACUUAGCCCAUACGCUACUGUGGAGAACAUUUCAGGACGAAAUCUUUGGCUUGACAACUCUAAACUCCGAGACGACACCAACUUUGAAAUUAGUGUUCCUAAACCAACGAUUCAUCUUCUCAAAGAAGUUUUGGAUGAUUUUGUUUCGAUGAAUCUGUUUCCAGCAAUCGAUAAAUGAAAAUUCGUUUCAUCCUUUCCAUCCGUUCCAUAGACAUAGCGCACCGGGAACAUCAACGACAUUGGGGGGGGGGGGGGGGGUCUAGUCCGCUCAAGGGUUUAAACCUUGUGCACUUCUUCAGCUUUUUUCCCAAAAUUACCUCUCACUUAAAUCUGCUUGGCCUCAAGGAUUGUUUAUUACUUUCUAUAUAGAGUUCCUUGCGAAAACAUUUUACCAAUUAAUUCAAUUAAAAGUUUGGGAAAUUGGAAUGGCAGAUGCCUUUGUAUUACUAUAAAUUAUUGGCGACUUACCUUCAUUCAAAUGCAAAAUCUUGUUCGAUACAUCGAAAAUUUUUUCCUGAUUUAA